UUCAGGAGUGCGCUACGUGCAGGUGCACCCUGUGGACGAGCUGUCAGUCGAGGAGUUAAGGAAAAUCAAAUAACACGUGUGCUACUAACUACUGUAUACUAAAGUUCGAAUAAUAAACGAUUGCAACCGAGAUUGCAACAUUGGCGACGAGGCGGGCGCUCUAGAACCCAGGCCGGACGAAGGCAUCCGCCGCUCAAAGGCAUCCGCCGGUCGAAGGCAUCCGCCGAUCAAAGGCAUCCGCCGCUCAAAGGCAUCCGCCGCUCAAAGGCAUCCGCCGCUCGAAGGCAUCCGCCGAUCAAAGGCAUCCGCCGCUCGAAGGCAUCCGCCGAUCAAAGGCAUCCGCCGAUCAAAGGCAUCCGCCGCUCGAAGGGAUCCGCCGCGCAAAGGCAUCUGGCCGGUCGAAGGCAUUCGCUAGACGGAACAUCCACCGCACGGAGUAGGAAAGCUAGAAGCAGUACCAGCUGCGCCGGAAGAGGCAGGACGUACGAAGGUCGUCCACCACAAACAUGUUUUCUCGGAACUGAUUCGGCAAGACGAUUCAGGAAACCAGCAAGGAUGGAAAGGUUCGAAAUUCCCCCGUUCACAUUCAAGACGCUGCCGGCGAACGAAGUUCGUGACCAAUGGGUCCGCUGGAAGCGAAAUUUCCAGUAUGCAGUUUUUGCCAGUGGAGAAACGAACAAAACAAAACUGAAGUACAUUCUUCUGGCACGGGCCGGUCCUGACCUUCAGGAUGUUUUCCAAACAAUCCCCGGAGCCGACGUGGAAGCGGACGAUACGAAUGGAGUGGAUCCGUACAAAGUUGCCGUUGAAAAGCUCGACGCUUACUUUGCUCCAAAGCACCACGAAUCGAUGGAGCGGAAUAUCUUCUGGACGAUGAAACCAGACCAAGGAGAGUCCAUCGAAAAGUUCCUGUUCAGAGCUCAAGAGCAAGCCAACAAAUGCAACUUUGGCAAGACACAGCAAGAAUGCCGCGAAAUAUGCGUGAUUGACAAGAUCACAUUGUUUGCCCCGCCGGACUUGAAGGAGAAGAUACUUCAAACGGACAAGAACAGCCUGGAUGAUGUCCUCAAGAUUGUCUCAACGCACGAAUCCGUGAAGUAUCAGGCCAGCCAGAUGGUAGCAGCAGGACCGUCCGGUAGUCGUCAACCAUGCCUGGUCCCGGUGGAAGUGAACCGAAUGCACACACAUCCACCAAAGAACCACGCUGUUGAGUGUUCAAGGUGCGGCAAACGCGGGCACUUGGGAAAUGACCCAAGUUGUCCAGCGCUCAACAUCCAGUGUAACCGUUGCCAGAGAAUUGGACACUACGAGCAAAAAUGUCGAACAGUCAUGGCGAAGGGCGCAGUGAGCCGAGCUACGAACUCAACCCCAAAACCAAAGCGCAGUUUUCAACGAGUACGACCAGUAGAUGAUGAGAACAUCGUUGACGAGGGGGGAGACAAAAGUUUCAUAUUCUCCAUCGGAGAUGGUGACGAAUUUCUGUGGAUCAAGAUUGAGGCAUCAUGA